AUGGAGACGGUGAGGCUCCGUUUAGUGCUGGACAGCGCUUUGACUGCGACGGCAGAAGUACUUAAAAAGUGCUGGAUUCUCUUAAAACCCCAACACAAAACCAUCUCCGAUCUCUCCUCCCAUAUCCUCAACGUCUUCGACCUCCACAAUGCAUGUCCUCACGGCCUCCUCCUCUCUAUGGAAGGGUUUGUACUACCGCCUUUCGAGUCCACUUGUAUUUUGAAGGACAAAGAUAUUAUCAGAGUGAAAAAGAAAGGCAGCACGUCUACUGAAAUUAUCAAGAUAGAUGAUGGGCUGAAUGAUUCCUUGAAUGUGGUGGAAAUAAUUGACAAGCCACAGGUAACUAGAGGCAUGAAUCUACUUGCGAAUGAGGAAUUUGAUAAAGAAUCUGGUGGCUAUGAAAGUGAACCAGAGGAGGAUGUAGAAAACAGUCCAGAAGUAAAAACAGUUUCGAAGAAGAGAAAGGCAUCAAAGGAUCUUCACAGCCCAAAGAGGAAGAAAAACAAAUCUGCUAGAGCUGAAAAAUGUGUAGAGGUUUCAGAAAAUGCAGGGACUAGUGCCAGUGCAGACCAGAAUGGCACUUUGAGCAUUGAUAACGUUGAUGAAAGAAGUAGCAAGAGUAGGAAAGCUAUGUCUGACACUAAGAAGAGGAAGAAAAUUAAAUCUGCUAGUGCUGAAAAAUAUUUGGAAGCUUCAGAAAAUUUAGGGGCAACUGUCUGGGCAGGGCAGAAUGGCACUUUGAGCUUUGUUAAAGCAGAUGAAAGAACUUGCAAGAGUACGGAAGCUACAUUUAAUGCAAAGAAGUCUUGCCAGCCUGAACAAAAUGGCAAUGGUAGUGUGGAUGCAUUGCAUACACUUUCUGGAUCUAAAAAGGCUAGGGGUUUGGAACUUCUUCAUCACUUGAAUGUCCAAUGUGUUUUUAACACUUGCAUUCCCCUUUCUUGUCAGUUCCCCAGUAGAAGUGCUAGGCGUAAAAAGGCCAAGAGGCAGUGGUUGAAGGAACAGCUCAAAGCUGAAAAGAGAAAGCAAAAUCAGACACAGUUGCUUUCAAAAAUCAAUCAGCAAUCAUCUGAAGAGGAUAAUAAGAAUGUUUCUGAAGAAUCACCCGAACCAGGAAGUAACAAAAUGUCUGAUGAAAAACUCAGGGAAGACAAUCAAUUGGGAGAGCGAGAUAGUGAUGCAGAGGGUGAUAUUGUUCCCAUAGUGAUAAGGCCAGGACAUAUUCGCUUUGAGCCACUAAAGAAAGGGGGUUCUGAUCAGGCUGUGCAGCAAAAUCACGUUCCUGUUGAAACAUUUCAGUGGAAUGGAAUAACAAGCAAAAAGAUGGGUCAAAGGUGGGGUAAAGAGAAAGCAGUGUCAUGUAAAAGGAAUGAUUAUAACAAUUUCAAGAAAGAGUCUUCCAGCAGUCUUACUAUUGAAGAACAGACACCUGUAUAUGAUUGCACCAACUUUGAAGAGUUUCCACUCUAUGCUAGCUUGCCAAAGGAAGGUGAUGUAAUUGCUUAUCGUUUGGUUGAGCUUUCAUCAUCCUGGACCCCUGAGCUCUCAUCCUACCGUGUUGGAAAGCUAUCAAAAUAUGAUCAUGAAUCCAAUAUAGUUAUGCUGGUCCAAGUACCAGAAUAUCCUGUAAUUCCUGAGAAGAUAGAUGAUGAGGCAUCUGCUGCACCACCAGAAACAUCCCCUUAUGGGGAAGAUGGUUCUUUAGAGGUUACUAGAUCAAGGCAUGGGCAUAAUCACGGUCUAUUGACAAGCAAAGCUCUCCUCCAGAUAAAGUUUUCAACACUUCAUGAAGUUCGCCUUGUUCACCAUGGUUAUCUAAAGUCAGCAAAAUCAGUUCCUGCUGGAUCUAAUGAAGUACAUGUCAGGGAUCAAGAUUCUGGAACAGGUUUCAGGCCCAACAAUAACCACAAAGCUGAUACUUCUGUGCAAGAAAAUGGAAAACGUAAUCCAUGGGAAGAAAUUAACCAGGCUUUGACAGCACAGAAGGCAUCGCUGUCUCGGGAGGAUAGUUGGAAAAAAACAGAGAGUUCAGGCAGGAGUCCAUGGUCCUAUAAGGCCUUGAGAAGCAGCGCUCUGGGUCCAACAGCGGGUGAGCAUUUGACUGAUGAUAUGCCGAAUUUUGCUAUAGGUGUCUUGCAAAUUCUAUAA